AUGAUGAAUGGCCAAACUAUCAUCAAAGUAGCAAAAUUCCGAGGAGAGUACAAAGGGCAAAAACGAUCAAUGUGGGAUUGGUCAGGAAGAGUCAUAGCAGUUUGCUUGGAUUUGCGCCACAUUUUCGGGAAUCUGUUAAAAAAAAUCAAAAGGAUAGUCACAUCUACAUUUACAUUAACACCCUUACACCAGAAGAAUAAUGUUGACACUAGAAGAUAUUACUCACAGGAUAAUAGUCUUAACCAUCCAAGAGUUGGAACAGCAAAUAUCCAAGACAACACUGUCAUAGAGAAUGAAAUAUCUGCAGGUGAAAUAAUCAAAACGAAAGUUCAGGCUUCCAGUAGAUUGUCUGAUAGUGGUAAUGUCAUGGAAUGGUCAACCGUUGUGAUUCAUCACGAAGAAGUGGUUAACAAGCAUUUAGAGGAUAGUUUGGACGAUUUCACCCUCGAUGAUAACUAUUUUGAAGAUAGCUGGGGUCUUCUACACUCAAACUUAUUGCUUACAACUUACAACUUGCAUCAAGCGAAUACAUUUAUGUCCACUUCUUUGAGAGUUGCAGCUGCAUACGACAUUUGUGGGGAAAUGUGGAAACAAUCUACGUAUAUGUGGGAAACAGUGCAUCUUGAAGAUAGUGGCAGCGAAACAGAGGAGGAGGAAGAGGAGGAGGAGUACCGUUCAUCGGAGGAAUGUAGUACGCUGGAUCAAACCGAUCAUAACAUGAACGGUAGGAGUUAUAUUCGAGCAUUACCACAAGUACAAUCUAUGGACAAUAAGGCGGCACUUGCUCACGGUUGA